AUGCCUCCAAAGAAUCAGCGUGGUUGGUGGAGAGAGGAGUUCUAUGAUCACCCAGGUCUUGCCGCCAAGCUUCCUGACUCAUACACCACUGCGAAAUCAGACAAGUUCAAGUUGUUCUGCAAGAAAUGUCUCGAUUGGACCGUGGCGGAGACGAUCGUUAACGAUCAGAAGGAUGUCUCUGAAGGUACUAGGGAUGUUGCGCGUACCAAAGAUACCAUCACUGGCCAGCGUACUGCUGGGUUCUCACUGCGCUGGGUCGACGACCCGGAGUGGAUUCGGUUCUGCUCACUCUUCCUCCCUGAGGCACGUCUCGUCACACGCAAGGUGGCUGGAGGGCUGGGUACUGUGCAGGAGGAUGGGUGGACAGGGUUGAAUAAGCUCAAUCUCCUGGCCUUCAUGGUAAACGCUAAACGCACGGUUCAUUCCGUCCGCGUUAUCGAUGCCUCAGCAGAGCGCAAGACCGCCGAAGUUCUUCUUGCGCAUAUGCUCGAAGUAAUGGACACGUUGAAGGUCGACUGGAAGAUCACUGUUGUCGCCUUCACAACAGAUGCAUCCGGAGAGAGCAAGAAAGCUCGAAAGCUGCUCAAAGCUCGUCAUCCCGAGCUCGUUGUUCCGAACUGUUUUGCACAUCAGAUCAAUCUCGUCGUCGGCGACUACUUUCGGAGCCGUGGUACCAGCUCGAACUUCCUCCUUUAUGCUGAUAGCGCCACAGACCUCAUCACUUGGCUUCGAAGCCACACGUUCAUCCUCGCGCUCCUACGUGAGGUCCAGCACUCCACCACCGGUCACAUUCUCACUGUCCUCCGUGCCGUUCUCACACGCUGGACUUCCCACUACCUAGCUUAUCGCCGUUUGCUCGAGCUUUAUCCUUCGCUCCUAUUGCUCGUCCGUGAGGAUGAAGGCCGUGGCGAGCGUAACAGUCGCAUGAUCAUGGGGGAUGCAGAUGCGAAGAGAAAAUCAAAGCAGAUGAUUGCGUUGAUUAAGGACGGUCUUUUCUGGCACUCGCUGACGCGGAUUAAGGUUCAACUCGAACCUCUUGCAAUAGCCGCAAAUAUCACUCAGGAGGCGAGCUGCCGUCUCGAUGAAGUCUUGCUCACGUUCGGCACUCUAUACCACUGGUUCCACCAACUUCACGAGGAUGCAGAUCAGAGUGUUCGUAUCGCUGUGGAGGCGAGCUUGUCAAAACGCUGGCGUGAUAGUGAACAGGAAGUUUAUCGAGCAGCGCUAACACUUAAUCCAGACUUUCAGAUUGCGCCUUUCCAGCGUCGUCCUUGGUGCUCUGAUGCGGGACUACUGGUCCUCUUCACUGGCCUUUGGAAGCGCUUUUGGCCAACUGAAGAGCCUCCUCGCUCUCUGUACGGUGAUAUCAAGGAUUAUACUCACCAUCGUGGUCGUUACCGAGCACUUCCCGUUAUAGUACAGGCCAUCAAGCAGGCUGCGGAAGACGACGUACGCACUCCCUUCCAGCCUUUUUGUUUAUACUAA